AUGGUUUGCUGCCUCCGUCUGGCCGUCCUCAGCCUGGUCAUCAGCCAGGGGGCCGACGGUCGAGGGAAGCCUGAGGUGGGGUCAGUGGUGGGCCGGGCUGGCGACAGUGCGGUGCUGGGCUGUGACCUGCUGCCCCCGGCUGGCCGGCCCCCGCUACAUGUCAUCGAGUGGCUGCGCUUUGGAUUCCUGCUCCCCAUCUUCAUCCAGUUCGGCCUCUACUCUCCCAGAAUUGACCCCGAUUACGUGGGGCGAGUCCGGCUGCAGAAGGGGGCAUCUCUCCGGAUUGAGGGGCUCCGAGCGGAAGACCAGGGCUGGUACGAGUGCCGAGUGCUCUUCCUGGACAAGCACAGCCCUGAGGACGACUCUGUUAACGGCUCCUGGGUGCACCUUACAGUCAAUUGCCCCCCGGUCAUCGUGGUGCCCCCCAAGAACAGCACGGUCAAUGCCUCCCAGGAUGUUUCCUUGGCCUGCCGGGCUGAGGCGUACCCCACCAACCUCACUUAUAGCUGGUUCCAGGACAGCGUCAACGUGUUCCACGUUAGCCGCCUGCAGCCCCGAGUGCGGAUCCUGGUAGACGGGAGCCUGCGGCUGCUGGCCGCCCAGCCGGACGAUGCGGGCCGCUACACCUGCGUGCCCAGCAACGGCCUCCGGCGCCCGCCCUCGGCCUCUGCCUACCUCACUGUGCUCUACCCAGCGCAGGUGACAGCAAUGCCUCCUGAGACCCCCCUGCCCGUAGGCAUGCGGGGGGUGAUCCGGUGCCCGGUCCGCGCCAACCCCCCACUGCUCUUUGUCAGCUGGACCAAGGAUGGGCAGGCCCUGCAGCUGGACAAGCUGGCUAAGGUGGGACAGUACCGGGGUGCAGGCCAGGACAGUACCCGCAUGUGCUCCCGCUCUCCACCUACUUCAGGCCUGGGCAGGAACUGA